AUGAAGCUUCGCCAUUCCGAUGGUGACACAGACGCCCAGUACAUACACAAAGUAUUUCUGGUUGCGAUUGAAGAUAUUCGUGAAAUUCGAGUCGGGAAGAACACAGAACAAUUGCGGCACAGCGAUGCGAAUUUUGGCGAACUUCAGGACGAAUGCCUAUUCUCCAUUAUCUACGGCGAUGACUACGAAACUUUGGACCUCGUUGCCAGUUGUGCCGAUGAUGCGAAUAUUUGGGUCACCGGACUCAUGGCACUCACCUCUACCAAAUAUGACUGCAAGCCGACAACUAUCGCGUGGGCUACUUUGCGGGAACGGUGGUUAGGAAGUGUGUUCGAUGAGGAAGAUCCCGAUGGCAAGGGUUACAUCGAUCAGAAUACUGCCGUUCAACUGAUCCGUCAAACCAAUCCUACCUUGUCCAUAACCAGGAUCAAGAAUAAAGUUAAGGUACGACCUUCAGUGAAUUCCACCUUUACAAAAAAUAUUGAAUCUUAA